AUGAGAAUCCCAAUCUUCUUGUGGCUCGUCCUCAUCGCAAUCUUCUCGAGUUGCUUCUGCAAGAAUCGAACCUUGGCUUCCGGGCAGUGCCUCAGCCUCAGUGAUCAGUCCCUGUUGCUGAGCUUGAAGAACGGCCUCCACUUCAAUGCCUCGCUGUCGACAAAGCUGGUGGAAUGGACUCAGGGCUCAAGCUCUUGGCCUGGGGUCACCUGUGUGGGCGGCCAAGUCACGGGGCUUGACCUUAGCAACGAAUCUAUCUCCGAUGGAAUCAACAGCUCUUCGAGUCUCUUCAGCUUCCGGUAUCUCAAGAGCCUCAACUUGGCCUUCAACAGGUUCAACUCCAUGGAAAUCCCACCUCAGGUUGCUACCUUGAGCAGCUUGGAGCAUCUCAAUCUGUCCAACGCAGGUUUCACAGGGCAGAUUCCGGUUGAGAUAGCGAACUUGACAGGGCUGACCACGCUCGAUCUGUCCAUGCUUUAUUUCCCCGGAAUCAGCUCGUUGAAGCUCCAGAACCCGAAUCUAAGGAUGCUCGUGAGGAGCCUUGCCGAGCUGAAAGAACUGUAUCUCGAUGGGGUCAAUAUAUCGGCUCCAGGAAGUGAAUGGUGUGGAGCGUUGUCCUCCUCGUUGCCUAAACUAGAGGUGCUGAGCAUGUCUAACUGUUAUCUAAAUGGACCCAUCGAUGCUUCGUUCAUGAAUCUCAAGUCUCUGUCAGUAAUUCGACUCGGUAGCAACAAUCUCUCGACUGAGGUUCCUGAUUUCUUUGCAAACUUCUCGAGCUUAACUGCUCUGCGAUUAAGCACUUCGGGUUUGUUUGGGAUGUUUCCACAGAAAAUCUUCCAAGUAUUGACAUUGCAGAAUCUGGAUGUGUCGUAUAACUCGUUACUCCAUGGUUCUUUGCCCGAGUUUUCUGCGGACAGUCCUCUUCGGGCAGUGGAUCUCAGUUUCACAAACUUUUCGGGGAUCUUACCUUAUUCCAUCGGUAAUCUUCGUAACCUGUCCCGAUUGGUAUUGGCAAAUUGCAGCUUCAGUGGACAAAUUCCGAUCACGAUGACGAAACUUUCUCAGUUGGUUUAUUUGGACUUCUCGACCAACAAUUUCAGUGGUCCAGUUCCAUCGUUCACUAAUUCCGGGAAUAUGACCCAAAUUAUAUUGUCUCAUAAUUCUCUGACGGGUGAGAUCAUCUCUACUCGGUGGGAAUAUCUUCAGAACCUUGAGAAUCUGGACUUGCGCUACAAUUCGCUGGAGGGCAGCAUUCCCUCCUCUCUCUUUGCACUUCCACGGAUUCAGAAGAUCCAGCUCUUGAACAACCGAUUCUCCGGACAUGUUCAACUUAAUGAGUCCUUGAAAUUCUCUUCCUAUGCAUUGGACACCCUCGAUUUGAGCAACAACAAGUUGGACGGGCCAAUUCCUCCUGCUUUGUUUCGAUACCCGGAGCUCAAGUACCUCUCACUGGCUUUCAACAAUUUCAAUGGAUCCUUGGAUAUCGAUGUGGUUCAGAAGGUCAGCAGACUCUCCUAUCUUGAUCUUUCCUGCAACAACUUGUCCAUAAAUGCCGGUGGAGCUGCUUCUACAAACAGCUCUUUUCCUCCAUUUUCUACGAUAAGUCUGGCAUCCUGUCAUUUGAAGGCAUUACCCGGUUUUUUGUCGAACCAACCCAAGUUGAUGUAUCUAGACCUCUCUGACAAUGAAAUCCAUGGUUCGAUCCCCAUGUGGAUGUGGACUCUAAAAAAUCUUCGAUAUCUCAAUCUCUCAUUGAAUUUCUUCGAGGAUGUGGAAACUGCUGAGCCCAAUAUCACUUCUACUCUUAGUUUGCUUGACCUUCACUCAAACAGUCUAGGGGGGAAAAUGCCACCUUUGCCUCCUCUUGCUGUCUACGUGGAUUACUCGGGCAAUAAUUUCAGCUCAAUUAUUCCAGCUGACAUCGGCAAGAACUUGUCCGUCACGAUCUUCUUCUCUCUGUCAAAGAACAGUUUCCAGGGGAAUAUUCCUGAAUCAAUUUGCCAGGCAGGGUACCUUCAAGUUCUCGACCUAUCUGAUAAUUCCUUUACAGGAAAAAUCCCCUCGUGCAUGGUCGAUGUACCCUCCUUGAAGGUGUUGAAUCUCCGGAAUAACAAGCUAAAUGGUUGUAUUCCCGAGGGUUUUCCCAGAACUUGUGGUUUGAAGACCUUGGAUCUCAGCAGGAAUAGCUUGCAAGGGCAGAUCCCACAGUCUCUGUCAAAUUGCAUGAUGUUAGAGGUUUUGGACAUCGGAAAUAAUCAGAUAGAAGGGGGCUUUCCCUGUCAUUUGAAGAAUACCACAAAAAUGCGUGUCCUUGUUAUGCGAGGAAACAAACUUUCUGGCCAAUUAGGUUGCCCUGACAUCAACAACAGUCCGUGGGAUUUGCUUCAAAUUGUUGACUUAGCCUCCAAUGACUUUAGCACAUUGCCACCAGAACGAUGUCUUCGCACUUGGAAGGCUAUGCAGGAUAAUGAUGGUCAUGAUCAUCUCCAGUUAUCAUUUCUUGGUAUUAGUGGACUGUAUUAUCAGGAUACAGUGACCGUUACAGUGAAAGGCCUGACUUUGGAGCUUGUGAAGAUCCUCAAAGUUUUCACCUCCAUCGAUAUAUCGGAAAACAGGAUUUCUGGCCAGAUCCCAAAUGCUUUGGGCACUUUUAAAUCUCUCCGUCUACUCAACAUGUCAGGAAAUGAACUCUUUGGGCCAAUCCCACCAUCUCUGGGUAACCUGCAAGUCCUCGAGUCCUUAGACCUCUCAAGGAACAAUCUCACCGAUAACAUUCCUCCGGCACUCACUAACCUGAACUUCCUUGCGCUCUUAAACCUGUCAUACAAUCGGCUGAUGGGGUUAAUCCCAUCGGGAAGUCAGUUUGCUACAUUUGGAUCAAGUUCCUAUGUGGGCAAUAUGCUAUGUGGCAAACCCCUGACCAAGAAUUGCACCAACGCCGACCGUGCUCUAGUGCCAAAGAGUCCAGGAGUCCAUUUGGAUUGGCAGUUCAUUGUAACUGGUCUCGGUUUCGGAUCAGGAGCUGCCGUAGCUGUUGCACCAUUCAUGAUGUGGAGGAAAGGCCGGAGAUGGUACAACAACAGAAUCGACAGGUUCCUCUUGGUGUUUCUUCCAAUUCUGGGUUUCACAUACACGAUUUGGGAUGAUGAGGAAAGUGAAGAUGGGCACGGUGAUGAUGUCAAUGAUGAUACGGCAUUUCAGUUUGACCUUGAAAAGGAGGAAACUUGGGGGAGUGCAAAUUCUGCCGACCCCCAUAACCAGUCACUCCAAAUCUCCGCCUCAGGACCUUCACAAAGAGUCGAAGAACAAUAUGCCUCGAGCUCGCUCUUCACCGGUGGCCACGACCGAGCCACAAGGGCGCACUUGAAGAAGAAGGUGGUAGAGCCCACUAGUGGCCCCAAAGGGUCAUCGGUGUGUCAAAUGCUUGGGAGCGAUGCAAGAGCUAUGAGGGAUGAGAAUGGCCAAGAUAUCAUUCCAUGUGGGUGCGACUUCAAGAUUUGUAAGGAGUGUUAUCGAGAUGCAAUGAGGACCUCUGAUGGGAUCUGUCCUGGGUUCAGAGAGUCCUAUGAAGAGGAUGAGGAUGAUGGCGGUAAGGGUGAGGGCGAGAUCGAGUUGGGGUCUAGGAAGGCUCUGCCUUCUUCAGUUUCUAACAUGUCCAAGAUGGAGAGGAGGCUCUCACUGGUGAAGUCAAACGGUAAUUACUUCGAUCACAAUCAGUGGUUGUUCGAGACAAAGGAGAGUUACGGAUAUGGAAACGUCAUGUGGCCCACAGAAGAUGGAAAAGAAGUCCGCGAAGCACCGAGGGACAAGCAAUAG